AUGGGCCCAGCUCAAUCUCGGCCGGUUGACAUACCCUCACCGCCUUCAAAGCCUACAAAGAGAGAAGCUUGGUUCGGAUCAUGGCGCGACACUCGUCAAGGCAUCCGCAGCUCUCUCGGCUACAGCGCGUCAAGCGUGUCGGACGAAACAUCACCCGAUGACAUCUUCACACCCAUACAAGCAGACAAUAUCCUCCCACAGAUUCCGAUCGGUCGUCAUCACCCGGUGCCUGGGACGGGAGUGGAGGAUGACGACUUGAAGACGAUGCAUACCAACAAGUUCUAUGCUAAUGCAUUUCUUGGAAAGCAAAACCAACCGAUCUGGACGCAUCCAUACAGCCUCUGGUGGGGCAAGGGCAUUGCAGAAGCAGGCAUGAUACAGACGUGGGGUAUGUGUGUGAGCCAUGUCGAGCAGUCUGACUUGGUUUUUGAACCUGGAGAGCCAGCCAACGGCUACAUCAACCCUCUACACAAACAGAAUCUUGUUCUCACGGCGGCCGAACUCGACGGCCAAACGACUCUCACCACCGACACGCAUCUUCCUUUCUCGGUCAAUAUCAACCUCAUUGCGCAUUCAAUUCCCCACGAACCCAAGAUCACCUUUCCAGUCGUACAGGGAAUGGGCUUCAUCACAGCCGGAUACAGAAACGCAACGCCAAUGAUACAAACCGGUGGGCGUGGCUUCGCGGACAUGAUCGGCCCAAUCACGCUAGGAAGGACAGUCAAGUAUCGUCUUAUCGAAAAGACCGGCCAGUGCUGGGUCAUGUACGUGAACCCAGUGGUUAAUAUCGGGUACGACGCGGCGAAAUUCAGACGGCUUGACCAAAACACAAUCCUUGGUCCUCCAGGCUUCAAAGGCACAAUUCAGGUAGCCAAAAACCCCUUGGGGUCUGAGGGCGAAGCGAUAUACGACCGAGCGUCUGGAGCAUUUGUCUACGAGGCCAAGCUCACUGCUGUCGUUUCGGAUAGCAAGGGUGUUUAUUCCUUCCAGUACACCAAGAUAGGGCGCUGUCCACUACUCAUGUUUUUUCUGCCGCACCACAUACAGUCUCUGGACCCAGACAUGCGAGACCGAAUUACCAAUCUGCAGCUACGCACUUCGACCAAGGGCAUGGCAACAGCGGUGUGGGCCGAACGGCCAACAUUUAUUGAGCCCAAUCUCCCUGUGACCAUGCACUUUGCGCCAUGGAGCCCUACCGUGGGCUCCAAUGCCAAAGUACGCUACCCACCCGAAGUGCUCGCCUUCAUCGCAGCGGUCGCAGAGCGCGACCUUCGCCGCGCAAUGACGGAGCCCAUACCGCAAGACACAAUGUACUAUGCCGGCAAAGCCUUGGCCAGAUUCGCCGCCAUUGUAUGGGUCAUCAAGGACAUUCUCAGCCACGAGGCGAUUGCAAACGCGGGGCUGAAAAAGCUCAAAGAGGAGUAUUCAAAAUACGUUGAGAACCGGCAGCGCCACGCACUUUACUACGACGACAGCUGGAAAGGCAUCGUGUCAGCCGCCGGCUUCACGGAUUCCACGGCCGACUUUGGAAACACGUACUGCAACGACCACCACUUCCACUAUGCGUAUUUUGUCUACACGGCCGCCGUGAUCGGAUACCUGGAUGCGGAGUGGGUGGACCAGGGCCGCAACAGGGAGUGGACAAACAUGCUGGUCAAGGACUUUGCCGAAAGCGAUUACAACGGGCGCGACUACCCCUUUUUCCGCGCGUUUGACUGGUGGCACGGCCACAGCUGGGCAAAAGGCCUGUUUGAGAGCCCCGACGGAAAAGACAUGGAGAGCACGAGCGAAGACGCCUUCUCGAGCUUUGCCAUCAAGAUGUGGGGACGCGUCAUUGGAGACGUGAACAUGGAGAAGAGAGGCAACCUCAUGCUAGCCAUGCAGGCACGCUCGUACAACACGUACAUUUACCUGCAAACAGGCAAUGUCAAUCAUCCCGCGCGCUACGUGCAGAACAAGGUCUGCGGCAUAUUGUUUGAGAAUAAAGUCGACCAUGCGAGUACGUAUGCCCGUCACAGCACCAUGUGCAUUUGUUCUUACUUUGGUCUCGCGCCAGAACUCAUUCACGCUAUACACAUGGCGCCCAUUUCGCCCGUGACGUUGCUGAUCCGGCCGCGGGCGUUUGUCAAGGAAGAAUGGGACAGGUUUUUCAGCGAGGGACGCGCAAACAUUACAGGCAGCUGGCGCUCCGUCUUGUAUGCCAACCUGGCCAUUGUGGAUGCCAAGGCCAGCUAUGGAUUCUUCCGCGACGGCAUUGAUGGCUUCUGGGAUGAGGGGUGGAUUGAUGCCGGGGCGAGCCGGACGUGGUAUCUAGUGUGGGCAGCGACCAUGUGGGAGUUUGCCAAAGCAGGGCGAUGA